UCGCAAUCUGGAAGCAAGCCAGGAUGUGAACAAGCAACUAAGCGGCAAGUUCGUAAAUGCCAUGUCCCCUAAGUCAGCCUACAAAGAAAAGAAGGUCAAGAAGUCGUCCAAGGAGACCCCUGGAAAGGGCAACGCGAGCAACACAUGGCCAUGCAAGGUAUGUGGAAUGUCCAAAGAAAAACACGGUAACAAAUGCUUUGCAGUCGAAGUGGAGUGUCUGAAUUGUCAGAAAAUCGGGCACUACAAGCAAGUUUGUCCCCUGCUGUCCAAGGGGGCAAGAGGCCAACAGAACUGCCUGACGUUGAGUUCCAUAAGCAAGGUGGAAGAACUGAUUCCCUUGACCACGCAUUUGGGCAAAUUCACCAAGGUCCUUCAAGAUCUGGAAAAUCUCGGUGGUGCUACGGCCCAAUCGUCAUUGACAAAGUCGGCGGAGACUUUGAUGGCAGCAGAUCGUUCUCCCCUGAAAACUCGGGGUACAAUCCGGUUGGUCUUGGAAAGGGGCGAUCUCAAGUACAAGGCGACUGUAUAUGUGUUGGACCAGACCACAGCUCCGCUCCUGAGCAAGAGUGGAUGUGUAGCCUUGGGUCUACUCCCAGAAGGCUGGCCCAAAAUUGAGUUGUACACGAGCAUGUCCAAUGAGCAGAACUGCCAAAUACUACAUCUCCCCCAUCGUAAAGACAAAAAAGACAUAACCUCGUAGUGUCUCAAAGGACCAUGUACAGAGCGUCAGUCGAAGAGCCCAAGAAAACGCGUCUGAACGCCUCUAGCGGGUUGAAACAACUGCUUUAUUAGCGGAAAAACUAUCUACAACACUGGGAGAAAUCUAGCUACACAAGAACUGUAAAAUUAUAGAUGAUCAAUAAGUAACCGUUUCCGAUACUUGGAACAGACAUCCAUCAUUCACCGAAAUGCGUUCCCAGCGUUACGUAAACCAAAUGGCAUUCUGGUGUAUUCAAAUAGCACAAAAGUGGUCGUAAUCGCCGUUUUAUAGAUGUGUGCAGGGUCCACCAGAGUCUUGUUACAGCCUUUCAUAAGGUCGAUCUUCCUGAACACAGAUUUGUCAUGAAGAGUUGCGAUGAAAUCAAGAAUGCGGGUUCGCGGAUAUUUUGCAGGUCUUGUUACAGAGUUUAGAUGCACAUAAUCCCCGCAGAUUCUUCACAAUCCGUCUGAUUUUGGAACGGCUACUAUUGGGAUGGCGACUAAAGAAUCAGCAAUCGCAAUACCAAGCCCAAUCUUCUCCUCCAUUGAAGUUUCUGUUGCAAGCAAUCAAAGUGAAUCCAAGCGUCUUGGCUUUGCACGGGUGGAAUGAUCCCAUAAAGUAGGUUCCGUGCCUCUCUUCAUAUUCUUCCUGCUUCUCUUCUAAUACCGGUUCCCCGUCAUUUUAUACCACCUCACCAUACCUCUCUCAUCACUUGCCCCGUUCACAUCUAAUCAUCCGAAUUAAAGUUACAUAUUAAAACUCCUGCAUUCAA